GGGUUCCCUUUCACCGUAGCCGCGUGCCGCGUUGCUGCAUGUGCGCUGGCUGCGUCCCCUUGAUAUGAGCAACUUACCCGCGCCGUUCCUGCCAGCCGCUUUCCAUCGCCCCCUAGUCUUAUGCCCUUCACUCUGACGCAUCCCGCCUUGGCUGGUCUCUUCACCACCCGACGCUGCCCACGAGCCCGCAGUCUGCAGCAGGUUGGUUUGCCGCUUCUACAAGGCGCAGAAGUCGACUGACCGCCUUGGAAAGUUGAUGCACCUUCACCAUGCCAUACGCCGACGCUCAAACCCAGACCGUCUGGGCUGGCCUUUGCAGGAUGCAUGUUCGCCCUGACGUCCUCUUCACGGCCCCCGACACUACCACUCCGCCCGCCGAGAUGGUAACGGACAAGUUGCAGGGCCUCGACAAUGUCAUGACCGGCGCCCAGCUAGGCACCCUCGACCCCAAUAGCGCCUCGUUACAGAGCCUGCUCCAGAGGCGACACAAACGCCCCGACAUGCCCACGCGCAUCUCUCUGCCCCGGUCUGAUGUCGACGACCAAGUCCUCCCCUCUCCGCAUCCGACCCACGCUCUCCUCUCCCCGUUGCCCGAAGCCAACAAGCGCUUUGCCGGUCACACUCCGCUGAUUCCACGCGCCCUUUCGCCAGUACAAGACGAGCAGCCCGCUGUGCAAGAACCGCUUGCUUGGGAAGAGCAAGCGGACACACCGCCAGAAGACCAGCCCUUGAUAGGUCCACUCAUGCUACCUACCAAUCCGGUCGAUGGUGCAAGCGAUCAUAUAGCACUCGAGGUGCUGGACGAUGUACUCGAACAGGUUGCCAAGGACCAGGACAGGUUCAGCAAACUCAAGGAUGCCCCCGAGCCUGCAGCUCCCCCCACAGCUGCCGAGAAGGCCCAAGAGGACUUGCCAUUGAGUCACAAGGCAUCAGCCGGAUCGCGCAAUCCAUGCGCCACCAAACUUGUUGACGGCGUCAGGCUCAAAAGCCCCCCUUUGAACUUUGGAGUGCCCAUUGGUCAAGUAUAGUCUGCUUCCCAGUCGCAAUCGCGAACCGCCACUUCUUCAGGGUCUCGAUGGCCAAGCGCCUCGACAUCUCGCAAGAACAGCAUGGCUCAGACCCCGGGAGACCUGUCCCCAGAAUUUGUGUUUUCCUAGUGCAUUUGCAUGGUGUUUGACAGUGGAUUGGAUCGGAGCAUGGGUGGCGUUUGG